AUGUCCUCCGAAGCGCCCUCAAACUUCACCAUUCGCCCUGCCCUUCCAUCAGACGCUCCCGCGGAGGGCGGUCCGAGUGGUAAGGACGUCGUGAGACUUUCCAUCUUGAAGAGCGGAGUUAGUACCCCAGGUGUGUCAAUGCCAUCAGCUAUCAAGCUACGCAGGUUCUACGUCCAUUCUUCUCUUCACGGAUCUGGCCUUGCUCAGAGGCUUUUGGAAGAGACAGAGCAGACGGUGAAGGAUACGGGCGAGCAUGAGGGAUCGUGGUUGCAUGUGCGGUCGGAGAACGGGAGGGCGGUGAGGUUCUGGGAUAAGGAGGGGUUCAAGAGGGUGGGGGAAGAGAGUUGGGUUGUGGGCGACAGUCAAUUAGAGUUGAUCACGAUGGAGAAGGCGUUAUGA